AAUCGUUAGUCCCGAACGUAGUAUACGGAAAACGGAGAAUUCAUUUCUUUCUAGCCAUGCCUAAGCCAACCCGAUUUGUGGUGGCAUUGAGAAUAUGAGAAUCUACUAGUGAGGUGCCGGCGAUAUAUUUUACUAAAUACGUGUUUGUGUGUUUAGAAGUGUGGUGGGUGAAAAUAAAUUUUAAUCAACAUUUCCAAAUGAAUACAUAUAUAUGGCGUGGAGAAUUCUUCAAUUUGGCGCUUUGUUUGCAAUAGGAUGUACUUUGGAAUCUAAUUCGGAUUCAGGAUUUGUUGACAAAGCAUUUGAAACACCAAGUAUAGACCUGUCUUUAAAAUUGGUCGAUCCACAAGAUGUAGUCGUUGCAAGAAAUCAAAGCGCACUUUUGAAGUGUCAAGCCGAUUCUACGCAAGGUCCGAUACAAUAUACGUGGCUUCAUUAUGGAAAAAAAAUUCUGGAAAAUGAUACGAAUCGUAUCAUCCAAAAAAAUGGAGACUUGUAUAUUCCCAAAGUUUAUUCGGGAAAAACAGGAGACAUUGAAUAUGUGGGAGAAUAUCGAUGUCUUGUUAGAAAUAAGGUGGGAGCUCUUUUAUCCAAUGUGGCCAAGUUAAAAAUUGCUUCAUUAAAAGAGUUUUCUGCAGAUCCGGUAAACUCUACAGUUCACCUUUACCAACCUAAAAUACUCCGAUGUGGUAUCCACUCGACUCCUCCUGUUGAUAUUCAAUGGGAGUUUAAUAAUAAUCUCAUUCUACCUCACCAAACAAGCUAUGUUCCUUUACCCAACGGGGUUAUGUUAAUACAAAAAUCUCAAAUUUCCCAUAGCGGAAAGUAUAGGUGUAAAGCAUCAAAUGAUAAACUUAAUAAAACUAAAUAUAGUAAAGUAGCUUAUAUGACAGUGUUGCCACAAUUAACCGAGUCAACAGUACCUUCAUUUCUACCUCUGGAUAUUUCACCGAACGUUACAGUUUUAAUUGGUGAUAAACUCACUCUGUAUUGUCCCGUAAUGGGAUGGCCUAUACCUAUAGUACAAUGGCUGUUUCAUGGCGACGUAGUAGGUAACGCGUCCAUUUUGGAAAUACCAAACGUACAAAACAGCAAUGGAGGCAGCUAUAUUUGCAGAUCUUAUAAUAAAAUGGGUAGUAUUAGUCAGAAUUUUAACGUUUUAGUUAGACAGAUGCCUAAUUUCGUCGUUAAACCCAUUUCGAAAUUAUACCCAGCAGCUAUAACAGCGAGACUAGAUUGUAGCGCUACCGGGAUACCUGAACCUACAAUAAAAUGGCUGAAAGAUGGACAGAUUCUCAAAUUCGAUUCCAGAAUAAGGGCACACGCCAAAGGGAUCAUUUUCAGUCAUACGUUUACCAACGAUUCGGGAAUGUACCAAUGCGUGGCAACGAAUUCAGUAGGAAAAGUAUGGGCUGCCGUACAGAUAGAUAUUAUAAAUGUCUCGUUAACACCUAGCCCUCCACAGAAACUAAGAUGCAGACCUUAUAAUACUUCAACGAUAUGUCUCAGUUGGAAAUCACCUGCAAAUAUUAGCGUAACUGCUUAUAGUAUUCAUUCAUUAUAUAAAGAAAACGGAGUAGAAGUUGUAGGUCCUGAUUAUGUCAGAAACGUAACUUCAAUGGACGCCGACCGGUUAAAUAGUGAUACAGAGUACACUUUCUAUGUUAGAUUGUAUGCUCCAGGUGCUAGUGAUCCAUCGGAGAAGGUCACAUGCAGAACUGGGAUAUUCGGAAACCGCAACUUGGAUAUAGAGAACAAAGACAACACCUCUGUGAUUCUGAAAUGGUCAGAACUUACUACAGACGUUUCUUGUACGGGUGAACGAUUUUCCUAUAGAGUUCAAUGGAAAAGUGAUCUUCCUUGGUCGUUUUUUAGCAAUUUUACAAAAAAGAAGUCAUUUCUAGUCACAGGUCUUACUGCUGGAGUAGAGUACAAUUUCCGUGUAGUUUCUACGAACAAAGACGAAACGGAAUUGGGUACUUGGACGCCUUACAUAAUUCCAGACCCAACGAAUAGUACAAACCUAAAUGAAACUAACACAACCAGCGAAGUGACCCCAGUGCCGCCAAUGGAUAUAAAGGCGGUAGUUCAAUCUGCUUCUACCAUUAAACUUAGAUGGAGUAAAGUACAAAAUACGAAAUUUUUUACUGUAUGUUAUGCGGUUGAUAACGAGAAGAGCGACUGCGAAGACAAAAAUUUGGUAAAAAGUUUUACAAAUAAGAUCCACAUAAAAAAAUUGAAACCAAAUACUAAAUAUGAGUUUAGAGUACGAGCUCAUAGUUUGGAUGGAACACCAGGGUAUUUUUCUGAACCCAUAUAUGCCACAACCACAGCUGAUGUUCCACCUCCAGUUACCAAUCUUGAGUACAAAGUAAUAAAUGACACCAGUAUCUACCUCCAGUGGCGAAAACCUAAAGAAACCUCGUCCAAAAUAAAAAAAUACAUUAUCACAUAUAGUCCGGACAAUAUUUGGCCCGUGGAAAAUUGGAUAAACAUAACAUUGUCUGUUAAAGAUGAAGAAUUAGUUGACGACGACGACGACGACGACGACACCGUAUCGACGAUCCUCGGUAAUCUGGAUUGCGACAACAAUUACACGGUUUUGGUUAGAGCAGUUUCCGACGUCGGAGUUAGUAGAGCGAUGGUGGUAUUACACGUAACUACUAAAACGAAAAUUGCUCAACCGGAAGUGUCCUCUACCGACGUUAAAUAUAAACAGAAAGUUGGUUUAAUAGUAGGCACCAUAAUCGCUUUGCUCUGUAUCGUUUGUUGCAUCGCUUGCAUUUUGGUACGACGUCGGUGCGUUAAAAGAAGAACCAUGGAAAGAUCCAGAAUGACUACUUCGAAUAAUUAUUAUCCCGCUGUUGCUCAUUACGCUUCUCAAAUUGGAUCAGUUCAAGUUAGACUCGAAGAAACUUGCAACGACGACGAACAGGAAAAUCAAUUUUUGGUAUCGGAUAGGAUCACUACGAAUAUCCCGCCGUUACAUACCGACCAUUUGGAUACUAAGGGCGGUGAAGAAUUUCCGAAUUCUCAUUCUAACGGUUCUGCCAAACCUUAUAUGAACGGACAUGUGCAUAUAACGGAAAAUCCGCAGUUUUACCCGUUCAGUUGUAAUGGUCAAGGACUGCCCGUCAAACUCGAAAAACUCACGCCUCUACGCUACGAAGAAGACCCCAAUUCAAACGUAAAACCUUCCAAAUUUUACGAUCUCCAUAAAUUAUUCGAAAAUUCGAAAAAGCUUCGAACUGCCAAUCACCAUCAGUGUAAUCCACAUUUCGGUGAAAACGAAGACAUUCGCAGUUCCUGUGAUGAUAUACAUUCAUCAGAAUCUUCUAGAAACGUUUCAUUAAAUGGAACUCAAAUGACAUCCCUUAAUGAUACGACUUUAAACACGACCGAUCAAAGUAGAAGAAAAAGUCCCAUAUUAGGACCGAAUGGGUAAUAAUUGCCAUCAGAUUUUAACGAUUAGGGAAAUUUUUAAUUUGUUCAAUGUGGAUAGUGAUAACGCUUAUCUGGAUUAAUUUAAUUCAAAAACGAAAAGUUCUACUGAAUAAUUGUUUGGAACUGAAGAAACUGUUUGAAUGGUAAAUUUAUUCCAAUUAUCCCUCGUAUAGUAAUUCUUUCAAUUAUGUUUGUAUAUUGCUUUGGGGGAAUCUGCAAAUGUAAAUAAAUAAACAAAAUCAUACACUGCCGACAGAAAGUUUCCGGACGAGAAGAACAUUUAUUAAAACAAUUAUUAAAAAUAAAAUAAAUCAAGUUAAAGUUUUAUUUUAAAAAUAUCAUAUCAUAAAACCAUUAACAUAUUUUGUCUCUUGUACUGCUACACUUUCUUUUCAUCGAAGAAACCACUUCUGAUGGCCACUAAUUCUUUAACUACACGUGGCAUUCUUUUUAUAAGUUUUUCUAACACACUAUUUGGUAUAUUAUUCCAAGACGUUUGAAGAGCCUUCUAAAUAUCUUCAAAAGAACUGGGAUUAAAUUUUUUCUAACUUUCCGGUCCAGUUCACCCCUCAGUAAUUCUAUUGGAUUUAGGUCCGGAGAUUGCGGGGGUCAUUUCAUUAUUUCUAACUUACUAUCUUCUUUAUUUUGUAAAUAGUUAAGACAAAGCUUAGAUUUGGGCUUUGGGUCAUUAUCUUUUCUAGCAGUGAAAAGGUUAAUUCUGUAGAGAUCCCCUAGUCCAGCAUAUGAAAAACACUCCCACACCCAUCGGGAUGCGUUUUUGCCCAGCUGUUUUAUUUAAAUCGUACUUUAAAACCAACUUCAUCGAGAAAUUUAUUUUUUAGCGCAUUUUUAAUUAAGUUUAGAGAAAUAAGUACCAUUGAAAACAAAACUUUUUACGAUAGAAGAACUGAUUUGCGAGACUUGGUUUUUUUUACAAGUUUUGUUUUUGCCACUCUUUGCCUUAAGAGCUUCUUUUAUUUUUGUAGGUAGUCUUCCUUUUUUUCUUUUCCGGUACUUACUUUUUGAGCUUCAGCUACAGUUUUUCUCAAAGCCCACUUCCUGUCUCUAUGGGUUUUCUCGGAUGCUUUGAUGUUACAAAUUUUGGUCAGAAAUGCUUCUUCUUCCUUCUAUUAUAUUUACAAAUUUACAAUUCCUGCGCUUUAAUACUUCCAAAGUCGACAUUAAUUAGAUGUGACCUGCCCAAGCAUUUCGAAUAUAGAUUCAUCAGUCCACAGAACUCGUUUCCAGUUUUCUACUGUCCAAUCUUUAUGUACAUGGGCCCAUUCUAGUCGAGUGGUUUCUUUGUAGAAAUUCUGUCAUUCAGGCCAGCUUUUUGAGAGCGUUUCUUUACUAUACUUACUGAUAUCUGUUUAUCGUGACUUUCAUUGGACCACAUUUGAAUUUCCGGUGCUGUAAGCUUCCUAUUCAUUUUAUAUAUAAGAAGAAAAUUUACUCACCUUCAAAGUAAUAUAAUAAAAUCAAUACUAUAAAUUGAAAAAUUCAAAAAAUCCCUCAGUAGUAUCUAUACUAUACAUGAGAGUUGAAAUAAAUUGAAAUAUAAAAAAUAUUCAUUACAUUUUAUAUUAUUUCCCAAAUUCGUUCAAUUUUUGACAAAAUUUCGAUUUUCAUUGUGAAUAUCAUUAAACAAAUGUAGUUGCCUUUCGGAAAUCAAUAAUUCAUAAAACAUUUUGAUGUUAAAAUUAUAAUCAUUUCAAACAUCCCUCGUAAAUUAACCAAUCAUAUUAUGUAUCUAUCAACAUUUUCCAUAGCAAGUUACAAAAAAAUACUUAGUAUGGUGAUUGAGAUACUAUAUGAGGGAGAUGAAAUUUGUUCCUUGCAAUUUGAAUUAAAUAACCCCAUCAAUAUAUAACCAUAUGUACUGAAUCCCUUUCGUCAACCAUAUUUAUCGACCACUCAAGAUUCAAGGUCAUGGUCAAACAAAUGUAGUUGACUUUCGGAAAUCAACAAUACAAAAAUAAUACAUGAAACAUUUUCAUGUUAAAAUUAUAAUCAUCUCAAUCAUCCCUAUGGUGAUUGAGAUACUAUACGAGGGAGAUGAAAUUUGUUCCCUACAAUUUUUGUUGAAUUCUAUCAUAAUUUCUCUAUUAGAAUUUUUUCUAUUGCCAAAAUUAUUUGAAACCUUUUGUUGCUCUCUAAAAUGAAAAUUUAGUUCGGAUGAGCGUUAUUUCGCUUUUUCUUACUGCCCUUAUUUAAACCAAACUAAAGAGAAACAGCUUUACAAAACCGCUCUUCAUAAAUUGUUAAGGACUGAUUUUUUUGUUUGCUCUAGUUGUUGAAUCUGAAAUUUUCCGGCAAUAUUCUGGAAGUAUUUGUAUUUGCAACGAAUAUUUUCAAUUUUUUUUUGUACAUGUACAUAUUUAUCAUAUUGCUCAAUAUUAUAGAAAUUAAUGACGUUUAGAAACGGACAGAAAUUUUAUUUAUACAGGGUGUAUUCAUAAAAAAUUUCAAAAAAAAAACUUGCAUAUUUAGUAUUUUAAUUUUUUUCAUCAUCCUGUAUAAUCUGUUAGGUUAAGUCGAGCAUAAAUCAAAAUUUAUGGGUUUUGUUUUCUGACACACUUUUUUUGGUAAUCGAUUAUAAAUUGAUUAUUUAUUCAACUAUUUAAUUAAAAUGUACGUUUACUAAAUCGAUAAUUCAAAAAAUAUAAUAUUAAUUAUAACCAUCUAAUUGAACCGGUUAUUUUUUUCUUGUAACUAAUUAAUUUUUUAAUUAUUGAUAAACCUCAUUCCAAUAUUAAAAAUGAUGAUUAUAAGCAAACAAAACAACUAAAAUAUGAAAAAAAUUAACUAUUACUUGAUAUUUAUAAAUGCUGUCACAGACAAAAUGGCAGUAAAUAAAUUACUUGUUGGUCAUAAACAAUUAAAAAUGAGUUCAUAUAAAGAAACAUAUUUCUUCUUAGUUUUUCACAGCUCAUUCUUUGUAACUCUUCACACAUAUAACCAGAAGGUCAUAAACAAUUGUGACAAUUGAAAAUCAUAAACAAAAGAUUCGUAAAGCGAAUAAUAAGUUUUAUUCAUUAUAUUAUUUGUUAUAUUAGACAUAAUUUAUUGGUCAUAAAUAAUUGACACAGUGACAAAUGAGUUCUAAUAACGAAUAAUAACAGUUUUCUUCUUCUUUUUUCACUAUUAAAUAAUUAUAACUCGUCACAAACAUAUCUAAAAGGUCACAAAUUAUUGUGACUAUAGAAGACCAUUAAUAACGAGGUCGUAUAACGAAUAGGUUUUCUUCCUUGUUUAAUUUAUUAUACUAAACAUAAUUUAUUGGUCAUGAACAAUUGAAAUAGUGAAAAAUGAGUUCUAAUAACGAAUAAUAACAGUUUUAUUCUCCUUUGUUCAUUAUUAUAUACUUAUAAUUCGUCACAAACAUAACUAAUAGGUCACAAACAAUUGUGACCAUAAAAAAACCAUUACAAAAAUAACUAUAAUAAUAAUAUAUAAUUCUUUGCAACUCGUCAAUAACAAGUAGAGGGUCAUAACUAUGUAACUUGUUACAAAUAGAAAUAAAGGGUCAUAAAUAAUUCAGAUAGUGAAAAAUGAGUUUGUAUGACAAACAAGAACAGUCUUCCUAUUCGUACUUUACUGUUCUUUGCAAUUCAUCACAAACAUAAGUAAUGACAAUGAGAAACCAUAAAAAAGACCGUCAAAGCAAAUAGGUCUUCUUUGUUGUGUAAUUUGUCAUACUAAAUAUAAUUUAUAAUAAGUCUUUGAGACAUGAUGACGAGUAAGAAUUAUUUUUUUUUAUUGUUGACUGACUAGAGGGUCAUAAACAAUUGUAACAAUGAAAAGCAAUAAAGAAAGAUUUCGUAUAACGAAUACAAACAGUUUUCUUAGUUGUUUUACUGUUCAACUUGUCAUAACAAUAAAAAAUGAGUUUGUAUAGGAAAUAGCAACGAUCUCCUUUGUUGUACAUGCUUCGAAACAUGUUCAGUUUUCCCUUGGUCUUCACAUUCUUCUUUUGGUUUCUUUUGGUUUUACACUGGGGGCUCAACUGCUACUCAAACUUCGCUUAAUUCGCAGAUAUCUACAUUAAGUUAUUCGAUUUUGUUUUCUUUUGUACAAUUUGGUCAUUAACGAGUUUGUAAUUUUGAUUUGGAACAAGAAUUAACCAUUAAAACAAACUUUGACAACCAGUACCCAUUUUGUAUUUUACUUAGCACUGUAAAUAUCUUCUUUUACCCUAAUUAGGCUGUGAGGUAUUUUUCUGCUGUAAUUUAAAAUCUAUAAAGCACAUAUAUUCAAGUAUAUCUAAGCACAUUCGUAGAUAAAAAAAAUGUUAAUCGAAGAAUAUGUUGUCCGUUUCUAAACGCAUAUCUCCGAUUUGUACAAUCAAAAAUAAACCAACACUUCAAUUAAUAGGUCAAAAAAUAUGUUUGGAUGUUUAAAAAACGAUUGUUCAAAUCGGUUUUCGAAUGUAAAAUUUACUAUAAUACGGAAUGUUUGAAAAAAUAACUUUUGGUUCAACAUUCUGUAUGUAUUGUUAAAAAAAAACACCUGGUACCUGAAACUCCUUACAUAUAGUUAGAUUUUAAGGAAAAUUGUACAGUUAUUUUAAUUUUUUUGUAUCGUAUAUACGGAUAGUUGAGCUUUUCGUUCGAUCAUCUUAAAUGGAUAAAUCGUUUCACGUAUUUUUUAUCUCAUCUGUAAGUGAUAAGUAUAUGAAUUGGUAUUUUUAUUUAUAACUCUGAUAAAAAUAAUGAAUUACGAGCGUAAAAGUAUCCUAUAUUCGUUAAAAAUGUUACACCUUGUAUUUUGGUAGCUUAUCGAUAAUUUGAAAAAGUUUGGCUUGAAACAUUUUUGCAUUUCAUUCGAAACAGUUUUAAUUUCUUUUAUUGUCAACUAACUGAAUUAAAAUCAAACAAAAAUUACAUGUUCAAUUCAUAUAGUGAAUAAGAACAGUCUUCUUCUUUUUUGACUACUCAAUUUGUCAUACUGUCCCUAUCAUAACUAAUUGGUCAUAAAAAAAUGAGAUAAUGUCAAAUGAAUUUGUAUGGCGACUAAAAACGGUUUUCUUAAUUCUUUGCAACUCGUCACAAACAUAACUAGAGGGUCACAAACAAUGAAAAACCACAAAGAACGAGGUUAUAUAACAGAUAAAAACAAUCUUCUACUGUUUAAUCUGUGUAACUUGUUACAAAUAUAACUAAAGGGUCAUAAACAAUUGAGUUACUGAAAAAUUGGGUUUGUAUGAGGUUUUCUUCUUCGUUUUUUACUUUGAAUUCUUUGCAACUCGUCACAAACAUAACUAGAGGGUCAUAAACAAUAAAAAACCAUAAAGAACGAGGUUAUGUAACAGAUAAAAACAGUCACUACAAGCUUAAACGUAUAUGCGUGACUAUAAAUGUUUCUGUAGAAAUUUUUUUUCAAAUGUAUGUGUUUACCAUAUAUUUGCAUUAUCUCUUGUGUCCCCUACCUUCAAAUAUAAUAUCUUGCAGGAUCCUUCCACGAAAUUCUAGUUCUAUUUAUUUUGUACAACUUAAAAAAAAAUUUUGGGCUAGAUUUGUUAUAUGGGGUUUUUUAAGAUAAUUGCAUCAUAUCUUAUUGUCAUAAUUUUUUUUCGUGCUAAAAACACAAAAUUAAAACUUCAAUUUUGUUAAGUAAAUGAGUAGUAAUGCUAAUUAAAUGUCUUGUAUCUCUUAUAGUACUUGCUCAUACUCAUCAAAUGCUUGUUGGUUACGAUAACCUCACUUUUUUCUAGAAAAUUCUAGUUCCGUCUAUUUUGUACUACAGAGAACAAAUCGAAGGUUUAUGUCAUUUGUAUCAAAUGUUAUUAUCAUAAAUAUGUUUCGUGCAUCAUUUUUAUAUCCAUUUUGUAGCAAAAUGAAUGAACAAAAAAUUAACUUUAGAGUAGAUUAUAACGUUGGUCAAUUGUGCCUCUCUAUUGGACCUACUUUCGUCGCUGGACAAUCUACAACUUGCUCUCCAUUUUCAAAACACUCCAGUAUCUGUAACUAGAGGAUUUUUGUCUUCCCCACAGUACCUACAUUCGUAUUUGCAUGCAAACCUGGUCUUAUAUUGGGGUACUAUGUACACCCCGACCCAAAGGAUCUAUUGUAUCUCCUUUUCUUGCAAUGGCACAGGGGUGCCGCCAAAGAUCUUCUUCUCGUCUUUUACACGCACCCAGAUGUAGUGGAGAGAAUGUGGAGUGGAUGAAGGUUUCGUCUUCUGUCCACAUCUUCCAAUACAGUACGUGUUACUUUCAAAAUAUAUUUAGAAGAUAAUCAUUUCUACAAUUCAUCAGUUUCUUCCAGGGACUGAUCAAGUUUUUACCAUUAACUUCAUUUAUCAUAUUUGCGAUGAAAUUUUUUUAUUGGUUCAUAAUAAAAUUUAUGUAGAAAUGUUUUGAAAAUAAAAAAAAUUAUUUCAGUUAAAUAUUUAAGGCAGCUUUGGACUUCUACAUAAUUUUUAACUAAAAAAAUAAAAAAAAAUAUCAAUUCAUAAUAAAUGUGACUUGUGUAUGUUUGUAAUUAUAUGGAAUGAUGUGCGUAUAAACUAACUGUAUAAUUGUUGAAAAAUAUGUUAAAUGUUACAUAAUUGGAAGAACAGUGUUAAUUGUUAUAUAUUAGACGUUACCGCAGUUGGUUAAACUGGUUAAUAUCCAGACACGGUGGCGUAGCGUUUAUUAAUAUAGAUGUGGGUGGAGCCUCAUAAACGAGGCCCUUUUUUUUCGUACCCAAUAAAUCUAGGUUACCGAACAAGCUUAGACAGUGUCAAAAUAUCUCAUGAUUGCCCAAAGGGAUAGAAGAUCUUAUAAUUUUUGAGAUUUUGCUUUAUUGAAGUCCCCUGAUAUUGUUAUUCAUUUACAUACAGUUAAAUCCGCUUCGAUUAACAGUAUAUUGCUAAACAAGAUGUUUUUCAAUAAUUUUCAAGUCCCUUUAAGGGCGAAGGCUCAUUUCACCCCCGUCUAGCUACGUCAGUGUCCAAAGUUGUAAAUAAUUUUUAAGUGUACAAAAAUUUUAAUAAAGACACCAUUUAAUCUGUAUAAGUGUUAAACAGGGUUAUAAGAAAAUAUUAAUUAUGCACCGAGUUGAAAUUAAAUUAUUCUGAAAUUUAUUGACACCGUAAAAGGCUUUUCUGUUAAAAAAAAGUAGUCAAAAUUUAUACACUUUUCGAAAUGUAUUCAAAAAAUUUUCCAAUUUUUACAAUUGUGACAAAUAUAAUCAAAAUAAUUGCAUAUGACUGAGGAAACAUGAAAAUUAUUUUUACAAGAUGAUGUCCUUCGUUCCCUAUGACUGAAAAAGGGAUGUUAUUGAUGUCAAAUAACAUCGCCAUUCUUUUAAAUCAAUCAAAAGAUACCAAUUUCAGCAAGUUCAUCAUCAAUAAAAUAACUUUGACCGAUAACAUUCGGUAUCUGCUCAUAAAAACUUACUCGGUUGAUGUAGUGUUGAGGUUUAACAAUUUCAACUAUCUGUAGUCAGGAUCAUUGUCAAGGUUUGGCCACAGCUUUGUAGUCUUUUUGAGCUCGAUUAAAAUUAUGAGGAGUACGAAUUUUCUUACACCACAUCACCAUCAAAAGGUGAGAAAUUUUCCAACCGUUUCUCUACACUUAUUCUAUAAUCGAUGUCAACUCCAUCUAUCCAUCAAUAUUUUGGUCUUCUUCUUAGAGGUUUUGACAGAAAGAUCUUUUUUACUGGGUUUACUAACUCCUUAGUUCUUAAAAUAUUUCUUACACUAUCCCCUCGUCUCAUGAUAACACAUUGCAGUUUCUCCUAAAUAAAAAUACCCGCUGUGUAGACUUCUUCUUUUUUUUAACAUAGAUAACCAUAUUACUAGGCUACUGCCUGUUUAAGACAAAGUCCAGCAAUCUCGCCAACAUUUAGGUGAUAUUCCUUCUAGGUUGUAUGUUCAUUUUUACGUUCUUAACAAGUCUGUUUCCAAUUAUUUUUUUUUUUGUUUGUUCCAGAAUUUUUGUCAGAAUUUUUAUUAUAUUAUCCAUUAUAAAAUUGAAUUGAAGGGACAUGAGUUUCUUUGAUUCUUGUGUGAAAAAUGUGGUUUGUCGAUAUAACUAGGGCUUUGGACAUUGAUUAAAUGAUGGAAAGGGUCUAAAUUAUAGACUAAUUAAGUUUAUGCAAGAUAUUAAUACUCUUGUAUAACAAAAAUCAGAGUGGACAUACAACAGAAGCUGUGUAGAAGCUCUAGAGCUACCAAAAUAUUCCGUUUCACUAUUAAACCCUGUACAAAGGAUAAAAAUAAUACUUUGCUUAUUGGUUGCUUAUUUUUUUAAGCAAAAUGCUACCAAACUAAGUAUUUUUCUUUUAUUUUUCAAACAGAAAUAGUGUCUUUGUUAACAAUUUUUUUGUUACAUUUAAAUUGUCUGGAAAACGACCUUGAAAAUUGAAAAAAAAAAAUAAUAUCCAAAGAAUAAUCUGUUGUUUGAAAGGAAAAAAAACAGUGCGUACAAAAUUUUUUAAUAAAAUGUUAUUUAUGUCACAGAUUAAUUAGUAUGUGCCUUUUUAAAUUGUACAAAAACAACGAUUAUUUUUUAUAUUUUCCUUGUAUAUUUUUAGAGUAGUUCCCGUUUUUUUAUAUAGUUACCGUUUUUUCAGUAGUAUGCUCCAAAACGUGCGGAUGACUGUAUAUUCGAUUAUACCUACACUGGGAAAUUUUUUUUAUUUAACUAUAUAUAAUAUCAAAAUAAAAACAAAAAAAACUUUUCAGGUAUAUUAAUUCCUAUCGGUCUUAUGUAUAAAAACUAUUGAAAUUAAUUUAUUUUGGAUUGAAAAGAAUUGAUUUACUCAUUUCUUUGUUCAUCUAGUGUAUUCUGUAGUCGGAGUUUCCCUAAUUUCCAACCAGGAGUAGUCUACCAAUAUUUUUUCCUCGAUAACGUUUUCCAAUAUUUUAGCGUAACUUCUCAUCAUAUUCAUCAGUCAUAGUAACAAUGUUUUCGUGAAAAAAUUCUAAAUAAAAGUAGGGAAAACGUGAGAUUUUUUUUUAGUCUACAUUGAACAAUUCCCAGACUUUUUUUUGAUACUAAUCUUGUAGCAAACGCUUAAUUUUGAAUUAUCUUCUAAAUAUCUGACUCUACAAAUAUUCUUUCUUCAAUUUUGGAUUCGCUAAUAGACACAAACCUAAAAUAUGUAUAGCUUUCAAAAAUUUGGUAUAAAACUUUGUUCGAAAUAUACUAUUUUUCUAAAUUCAAAUAUUUUCUCAGUUUCAAACGUAAAUUAACAAAAUUAAUAUUUUUUAGGGGAUGAUUUUUAGUUACCCAUGAUUUUAUCAUUAUUUUUUGUUGUCGAAUGGUGUAAUUUAUUUUGAUAGGUGAUAAUCGAUUAUACAAGUAUCCCUGUUUGCCUUAAAGUUAAAAUACCACUUUUUUGCAUAAUUUUUCGGAACAAAAAAAUGCUCAAAUAAUGUUAAAAAUGAAAUAAUUCGAAAUUUUACGGAUACAUUUAAAGUAAAAUAAAAAAUAACCGCUUCGAUAAUAUUUUUGUAAUUGUAAAAAUUUUCUUAGUACGACGAAAAAGGUUGAAAAUAAUUUAAAAAAAAAAAAUGACGCAUAUUCAUGGUUCACAAAAACUAUUCAUAUACCUCAUAAGAACAUUCCUCGUCACAUAAAAUGUUUCCCAGCACUUUUGCCAACUUGAAAAGAUGAAAGUCAUUUAUUUAAACUUUUUUUUUGCGAUUUGUAAGUUUUGGUUUAUAAAAUUUACUACUAAUCAAAAAAUUGUCCAAAAUUACAAAAGUUUUCUUUUCGAUAUUAUAAAAUAUGAAAGUUGGAACCAAAUUUAUGUUUUUUUAACAUAAAAUUUUGAUACAUACUGUAGUACAGUUGCAAUGUAGAUUUUAUACUAUGCAGAACCUUUCACGAAGAAUAAUUUCCUAAUUCUACGAUUUAUAUGAACACAUUGUAUACAUCUUAUAUACUGCGAAUGAAAUGAUGUUUUUUUUUAUCCAACUAUUUGUUCUAAUUUAAUCAGAAUUGAUUAUUUUUUCUUUGAGAGUUGGCAAUACCGCACUUUAAAGUAUUAAAAUAGGCCGCUUAUUGAACAGUUACCUUCUACGCAUUUUUUCUUACCAUCUUACAUUCCAAUGCUACAUGUACAAAAUGGUAAAAAUGAAAAGCAAUAGUUUUUUCAAAUCAUUAAUUUUAAACAAUCGUUAGUUUAUGUUUUAUAAUGGUACAAUUUUAUUAUGAGUAGAAGUUACAUAAUGCAUAAUUGCAAAUUACCCCGAUCAAUCCUUAUGGAAAUUGGGUUUCGGCCAUGACACCAUGAUGCUUGAAGCAAGCUGAUUGAAAGUCUCAUUGGGCAUAAAAAACCCAAAAACCUUCUCAAAACUACCUCUGAAGAGUCUAAGGGUACCGUAAGCAAAGUGUCUUCGAUCAGUUUUUCUAAAACUUGACACCAUGAUAGUUUGGAACAAGCCGAUUGAAACUCUCAUUGGGCACAAAACACCAAAACCUUCCCAAUCUCCAAAAAAUACAUCUGAAGAGUCUAAUGGUACCAUAAGAGAAGGGGCUUCCGUCAGUUUUUCUAAAACUUAACACCAUGAUAGUUUGGAACAAGCUGAUUGAAAGUCUCAUAGGGCACAAAACCCCAAAACCUUCCAAACCUCCAAAAAAUACAUCUGAAGAGUCUAAUGGUACCAUAAGAGAAGGGGUUUCCGCCAGUUUCUCUAAAACUUAACACCAUGAUAGUUUGAAACAAGCUGAUUGAAACUCUCAUUGGGCGCAAAACCCCAAAACCUUCCCAAUCUCCAAAAAGUACAUCUAAAGAGUCUAAUGGUACCAUAAGCAAAGUGUCUUCGAUCAGUUUUUCUAAAACUUGACACCGUGAUAGUUUGGAACAAGCUGAUUGGAAGUCUCAAUGGGUACAAAACCCCAAAACCUUCCCAAUCUCCAAAAAGUACAUCUGAAGAGUCUAAUGGUACCAUAAGCAAAGUGUCUUCGAUCAGUUUUUCUAAAACUUGACACCGUGAUAGUUUGGAACAAGCUUACUUUGAACUAUCAUUGUGCCAAGUUUCCAAGUAUUAAAACCAAAUUUCCAUAAGGAUUGAUCGUGGUGUUUUUUCUGGUAUUUCAAAAAUUAACGAUAAUUUAUUCAAUAAACCAUCUUCAUUAUUCGUAAAGCAGUUUUGAUAAGUUAUUGUUAACUUUUGGAUACCGUCCUGUACAUAUUGUUUUGUUAAUGUUAUGAACCAACUUAUAUUUUAACACGUUGACUACCAAGACAAUUUUCACAAUUUCAUUUAAUCGCAUUAAAUCAUUGAAAUAACUAAUUGAAAUACAAAGGUAUUGAAAAUGUGGAUUUAAAAAAAAUAUUUCAUUUGUUGAAUUAUGUGAAAGAAAAUCUCUUCGGGGGGUAAAAUAUGAGUUAUUUCGUAGUUGGUAGUCAACGUUUCCUUUCUUAUCUAAAAGAUGCCUCGUAGAUACACACACUCAGUAUAUUUUCCCAUAUUUAGAUAAAUAUCUAUAUAUAGGGUGAUAUAAAUAAGAAAAUAUAAUUUUUUUUUAAAUUUUUACCGGAUGAUUUUCCGAGUUUCCGGUAGUUUUAAUAAUGUUAUUUCCAACGAGGCAUCUGUAAUUGUUCUGUUAUACAAAUUUGUACCAAAAUUAAGAGUGUCAUGACAGAUAACAACUCUAUUAGUUUCCAAUUUUCCAUUUAUUUUGGUACAAAAGAAAAACUGAUCAAUUUAUACCUUUUUGUUCAAAUACUUAAAAACUGCUUAGUCAGUUGUAGAACUACCUCAUUAUAUUUAUGUUUUUUUUUAUAUAAAUAUAUAAGUAUUGUCCUAAUAUUAUCAAUGUUAGUUUAGUUUUUGUUAUUUUUAAUUUAUAUGAAUACAUUUUUUUAGAUUCUCAGGGUAGAAAAAUUUUACACGCGUUCUCCACGCUUUACACCGUUUUCAAAUAUAUAUACAGUUCGUCCCAGAUUUUAUAUUCUUACUAUUUAUUACCUCAUUUUUUAUUUUCGAUAUUAAACCUUUAAAAAUUAAAAUCGAAAGUGUCUGGUGGAAAUAUUUUAUCUGGGAUAUUAAUACAAUUAUUUUAUUUAGUAUACCUGUAAGUCUGAUAUGUGAGGCUGCUAGUUUAUAUGUUUGCAAGCCAACAGACUCUCUUUUAUUGUUAAAAAUUUGUGUAAAAUAGAUAUUUAUUUAACAAAUUUCCUUUCAUUUCCACUCGUCUGCUAACAACUGCCAAAUUAAUCUCUAUUUAAGCUGAUAGAGCCAUGUACAGCUCUAAAUAUUAAUUUGACAUAUCUGCAUGAACCGCCUAUAGAAUUAAUGGUUUCUAAAUAAGUUAUUUUCAAUUUUUGUUGAUAUCUUUUUAAAACCUGGUAUAUACCUUUUGAAUUCACACUCCCAUACUAAUAUAUAUGGUUCCGAUACAUGGAUAACUACCAAAAGACACAGAAAAAGAUACAAAUGAAAUUCCUCUGGCAAAUUGAGGUACUACCACAAAUAAAAGAAAUAAAUGGAAAUAAUUUUGGAAGAAAUACUAGAUGAAUAAAGUGACUGUAGGGUAAAUAACCUUUUCGACUCUAAAUAACUUCUUGGGAGAAAUUUAUGGUGAAUUUUACUCACUAGUACGUAUUAUAGUUCAAAAUACUUGUAAUGAUGAUGGUAAUUAAAAAAAUAUCUAUUUUACAUUUAUACCUACUAUUUGUUCUGUUCGGCAAAUCUAUUAACACAUUAAAAAGUGUAAAGUUCCAUAUAAAAUAGAAUCAAUUAAACUGUGGGAUAAUAGUAUCAAGGUAGCUAUCAAUUCAUCAACCAAAUAAGUUAAAAUUAAAUUUCAAUCAAUAGAUCAACUUUUACAAUUUCACUGUUUGGUGGUAUCAGUCAAUCGAAGGUUUCAUAUACGGCUCGAAGGACCAGACAAUAUAAUAAACUUUAUGGUACUUUGAGUCAUUGGAAGGUCAUUGAAGGACCAAAGAAUGUAAUGAAGUUUAUGAUACUUUGACUCAUAUGUUUUAAAGGAGUAAAAUUAUAAUUAUAAAGUUCAGAAUAUAUAUUUUAAUGAUCUGAUGGUUUAUACAUAAAUAAUUUUAUGAAUAUAUUUCUAAAAAGUGGUUUAAUGAGUUAAAGUGAUUUCUGGAUCUUAAUAACUAAAUUCCCAUUGUAUAUGACACCAUUCGAACAAUUUUGAUUUCAUAAUUACACCACCCUUUAAAUAUUUGGUUGAUCGACUAACAAAGGACUAAUAGUUUUUUUUAUUUUUAUGUUAAAAUAGUGAUACAAAUACAAAAUAUCCAGUUCCUUAUAUACACUGCAAUAGAAACUAAUAAGACUUAACUUUCUGUAUCGGUUACACUUUACACGUUUAAGCUCAGCAAGGAUAAUUCACAUGAAAAGAAUCAUAAAUAAUUGGAAUUGGUAGACGAAUUAAAAUAAAAUGUAAACAGAAAACAAGUUGUACUUACAAACAAUUUACUUUUAAUCCAAUCAGUUGGCGACUGAGCUUUUGAAGUGUCAGCUCGUCUGAGUCCACUGCUGGACAAAAGCAUACCGUAAUUGAAUCCAUCUGGAUCGUUUCUAUGCGGUAUUCAACCAGUUAAAUAGCAUUCCCUUAAUAUAAUCGACCCAUCUCGUUAAUGAACGUUCCCGUGUGACCUUUCCAUUCCAAAAAAUUUUUGCCCACCGUCCAUUGAAAAACCCAACUACUUUGUCGUCCCAGCUAGUGAACUAUAGCUUUCAAAAUUCAUGUAGAGUUUAAAAUAAUUUGCUAAUAACUUGAAAAUUCAGUACCUAUCGAUUUGUUAGUAUAAAACAAAAAGUUUGUCCGAAAGCAAUUGUUACUAACGGUUAUCAGGGACAACAAUAACCCUUCAAAACAUUGGUAUAUUCAAGAAAAUACAAUUGUUGAAGAAUCCCGGCUCUACGGUUAUUUUUGUAGCGGCUGUCUAUGGAAACUGUUUUUUUACUUCACUUUUGUUUUUUGAAUUCAUUUCUCUAGUAAUUUAAACUCGGUAAAACCAUAAAUUGUGUUGGUCUGCGUUUGUUUCCUUCAGUUACUUCAGGAUGCUCGCCGCUUUUUAUUUCACAGCUUUAACAGACUCAUAUAUUAUUCCUUUUAAUGCAGCUUUGACCAUAGGAAAGAGUUAGAAUUCUUCGGCGAGUAAGGUGGGUUGUACUUGACCAGAAACUUCUUAAUAUACAGUGUCGAAUGCGCUGGCGCCUUGAUGAAGAAGCUAUGGUAUCCCCAGAUCUCCAUAUAGUUACGGUAGAUACCAAGAUGUGUUGGUGGGCAUUCGUACAAUUUUUUACUGGCUUCUUUGUAUUAUACCAAUUUAUGCAUCUUCUUAUUUCUAUUCCUAAUAGCCAUAUUGGUUUGAUGAGUUUUUUUAUGGAAAAAGAGGAAUACCAACGAGGUAGUCCUCAUUAUCUUAGUAUUUAUUUGACGACUCAUUCUGUUGGUUUUAUUUUUGCCCUUUUUUUAUAAUGUCAAGCUUUAAAAGUGUAAUUAGAUACAGAAAUGUAAUAUAGGGCAGAAUAUUUGUACAAUUCUUAUUAAAAACGUUGGUAAUUACAAAAAAAUUGUUGGGACUAAAACAUCUCAUAUUUAAAACUAAUUUGGUUAAAGGUAGUGACUGUUACAACGUACCUUUGGUAUUGUUACCGUAAUUACUUUUAGUUAAAUAGAUGUAGAUUCAAAAUAACUUGUUAUGUAAACACUGUAUAUAUUCUACAAGUAUGUAAUGAUACAUUCCUACAGUACUACCACUUUGUAACAUGCCAUUCGGAUCGUUACUUUUUCCUUCAAACAUUUUGAAUACUCAUUCACGUAUUGUGGCGCAGUAGUCACUUCUGAUUUAUUUAUCCGACCUCCUUCUUCGAAUUCUUCCUCUAUCUGUCUACACUUUAAAUUAAAGUGUAGUUUUAGUAAAUUUGUGGUGAUUUCAUUCUUUAUAUUCGCUGGUAUGUUUUCCUUUAAUUUUUUUUAAUUUGCUUAAAACAAAAGGAAUCCCAUAAGAUAACUGAAAUUUUUUGUGAACACAAUAAUUUAAAAAAAGCAAAGAUAAACUUACCAGCGAAUGUAAAAAAUAAAAUCACCACAUAAUUACUUUGAUUUAAAGUGUAGAUAGGUAGAUUUUGAAGUGGUAGGUCAAAUGUUGAAAUAAAUAAAUCAGAAGUGACUACUGUGCCGCAAUACGUGAACAAAGGAUUAUUCAAAAUGUUCGAAGAAAAACGUAACAAGCCGAUUGGCAUGCUACAACUUUAAUCCAUUUUGUGUUUUUCCGAUGAUGAUUAUCAAUGUUUUUAAUAAGAAAAGUAGUCUGCUGUUCACUUAAUAAAAUCGCCGGUAUUUUACAAAUAGAAUACAGAGUAGUUUAAAUAUGUUAUUUUUCUAUUAUCCUAUGGUGAAAAAAUGGAUGAAAAUCUAACACUGUUUUUAAAUAUUUCAUAUAUUUAUUAAUAUUAAGAAUGUAAUUUAAUUAUACAUGGUGUAAAUGUGUUAAUAAUAUAUUUUUGUACGCUUGAAUGAUUGCGAUCUGGUAAGUAUUCUAAACGAAUAAAAUAAAUAUGAACAAA